UAUGAUGGAUGAUUGAUUAAUCAACUCUAUUUUAUUUUACACUUUUUGGGGGUGUUUUACACAUCGCGAGCACAUUUAUCGUAUCGGUAAUCGCAAACUUUGCAGACUGUGUCUGUCUAUCUCUAACCUCGAGCUCUUUGCGAGUGUUGUCAUUUUAUAUUCGUGUGUUUGUCCGUUCCAUGAACGCAACGGUGGCUCUCCUUGCCCACACGUCGGGGCACCUUUGGGCUUGUUGUGCAUGCGAGGGUGCACACAUUAGUUUUGGGGUCCACCAAAGGAAAGAACAUCCGUGUGCAAUACCCGCAUAGUGGAUUUUUUUUUUUUCAUUUGUAAAAGAAAAUCUCCAGUGUGAUUAGAUUUUGAGGCUGAUGCAUCCAGCCCCGACAGCAUUUGCCAAGUGACGCGCUGCAUGCGCGCCAUCCCGCGCAUUUACUCAUGCCGUGUAUGUUUGUGUGUGUGUCUGUGUAGGCUUACCCACUGAGUCGUGAUGAUGAUGAUGAUAAUGAUGAUGAUGAUGGGAGUUGCGUGCGUUGGAGGAGGUUAUGUUGUUAUUGUUGGGACAGAAAGACAAACAGACCAACACCAUCUGCGUUUCCUUGCAGUGCCACUCGGAAUCCCAGUAUGCCACCCAUCCACACACACUGAUAAGUGCACUUUGGUGUUGGCUGUGAUAAAAUGAUCCCCCCCAAUUGCCCCACGAACCCCUCCCAGCCACUCAUCCCAUCCACACCCCCACCAGUUUACGAUGGCACCACUUGGCUGUGCAGCAAUUUGCAGCCCGACAUGAUGCCAACCUGCUGCUCUUUAUUCCAUCAUGGAGCAGUUCAACCCGUGCCUGAAGAACUUUGUGGCCAUGGGCAAAAGCUACGAGAAAGCGCUGACCAGUGUCACGUCCGCGGCAAAGGGCUACUUCCACGCUCUGAUGCAGAUGGGUGAGGUGGCCGGCGACAGCCGAGGCGCCAAGGAGCUCGAAGACACAGCAUGGGAGGUCCUCUUGCAGAUGGCCGAAGUGCACCGGCGGAUCCAGAUCCAGCUGGAGGAGAUGCUCAAGUCGUUUCACAACGAGCUGCUGACCGAGCUGGAGAAGAAAGUGCAGAUGGACGCUCGCUACCUCAACGCGGCGCUCAAGAAGUACCAGACGGAGCACAGGAGCAAAGGGGAGAGUUUGGAAAAGUGCCAGAACGAACUCAAGAAGCUGCGGCGCAAAAGUCAGAGUGGAAAGACGCUCGCCAAGCAUGGCGGCGACAAGGAUGUGCAGAUGAGCGGCACCGUGCUGGAGGCGGGCGCCAAAACAUUGGUCGGAGCUCCACAACUGGCGGCGCUCCGAAGCGGCGGCGGCGGCCCACAGAGGUUGAUGGAAGGCGGCGCCGAACACUACCAGCAGUGGUCUGAGUCCCAAGUAGCAGCGGGGGCGGCGGCGGCCCUGCCCCGUGGCAAGACGUCCUACUCCAACACGCUGCCCAUACGCAAGGCAGCGCCCGCCGGUAGCAAGACCUCGCUGGCGGAGCCUCGCACGCUGCCGCGCUCCAGCUCGAUGGCGGCGGGCCUGGAGAAGAAGGAGCGAGGCGGGCGGACGGCGCGGGUGCGGGCCCUCUUCUCGCACGCGGCCGGCGACAACGGCACGCUGCUCAGCUUCCAGCAAGGCGACGCCGUCACGCUGCUGGUGCCCGAGGCCCGUGACGGCUGGCACUACGGCGAGAACGAGAAGACGCGCAUGCGGGGCUGGUUUCCCUUCUCGUACACGCGUGUCAUCUCAGAGGACGACGGCGAUGACCGACUGCCUUUUCACAGCUUCCAUCCCGGGCGGAGCUGCAGCACGGGAAACCUUCUGGACAGAGACACCGGCGCCGUCGUCACCUUCGCCGACCACCACGUCCGCCCGUCGGCCAGGCGGCCGCGCCCCUACGGCCUCACCGUGCAGGCGCAGCCAGCGGCGGAGCAGUACGAUCUGGCGUUCCGUUUCGCCGGCAGUGCUUCGGAAGUCAAACUCAUUUCCACAGUGUGAGAACGGACAGAUAAAGCAAGCGAGCGAGCUGCUGACUGACAAGAGGAACAUGCCCAGUGUGCAUCUCUGCACACGUAUGUGGAGAAUUGAAAUGUUUGUCCUCUCCGGGCACUUUAGGAACGGUGUGCCGGAUGACUUUCUCACUUUGAUGCCGUCUGCUGACAUUCUUCUCCACUUUGCCAUCCCGUCCACUUAGCAACGUGUGUGGCCUCCAUGACUACUUCCAUGAUUACGUCGAGUAUAUGUCUUGACAUGUUGCCGUAUAGCUGCAAUAUUAUUGAUGUAUUUAUUUUGCUAUGAAAGGCGAACGGCGCCUCCUUUUAAGAAGAAAUGCAUGCUUUGAAGGCAAAAAAUGUGCAACGCUGACUUCAGCUUCAGCAAAUAUAUCAAGUCAAUAAAAAAUUUGUAAAAGAA